AUGGCUGUUACGAAGCGUUUGUUAAAUGAACGGUACAGAAUAAUGAGAAAAAAUGAUAAAAAAAUAUUUUGCCAAAAUGAGGAUGAUGCAGUAAAGGGACAGCUGACCUUCAGCAAUGGUGAGCACUUCGAGAGGGUUGGAAGUGUAUGCUCCGCCACCUCCGCCAAUUCCUUCGCUGUUGGGUGCUGUAAAGGCGGACAGGUAGAUGUGGUAGCGGCUACUUUUGUUCAGGCCUUCGAGCACAUAUUCCUGCGAGGAUACUGGGACUUCUACGUAAAAUGGUAUCUGCGAAAUGUCGUCGACUGGCACCACGACGAUGAAGUAGGUGGAGAUGUUGCCAUUCGACACCAACGGGGGCGACCAGGAGAUGGCGAUUUCCGUCUCUGCUAUUCGAGUCACUUGCGGAUUCGUCGGAGAGGAUGGCUCUAG